GCAGGUUUGCAAGACGGUCAACUUCAACGGGAGGUAGAAAUACGUGUCUUUGACAGGCGAUUCACUGCAAGCAAAAAGCAGGUAGAGCAAAACUUAACCAGCGCGAAUCUGACGGAAAGAGGCUUCAAGAAGACAACACUUACUCAGAGAGUGGAUGUUGAAGAAGGCGAACAGUUGCAAAAGAUAGUUCGAUUCCAGAAAAGUGUUCCCUGCGAAGACAUGGCGAAAGUAGAGGAAGAGUUGCGUGCGAGCCUGCCUGGGGCUUGGGGAAAGGCUGUUUCAGACGAGGUUCGAAAAGAAGCCAUGGCGAAAAGGGGAAAAAAUCAGCACUGCACUGCAGGAAUUGAAAUUCAUCUCUCGGCACAAAAUUGCCGUAAAACUAAGAGCAAAGCUAAACGAAGUCCAUGGCCGUGCCGACUUAGAAGGAGGUGCCUGUUUUGCUUUUUAGCAACUGUUGUGUAA